CAUACCCCUUGCCGUCCCCCUUAAUCACCAUUAGUUGAUGGCCGUUUAGCUCGCAUACAAUCACACCUGUAGUACUGUCUACUAUACUGUACACGAGGUUCGCUUCGGGCUAGCCCGAUCCCUGGCCAGCCAGCCAUGAAGGGUCCGGUGGUCGUGCUUCUGGGCCUUGUCAUCGUCGGUGCCAUUGGUGCUAGCAGCGCUGAUGCGCGGCGGCCGGUGAUGCCGGCGAUAUUCGUGCUGGGGGACUCGACGCUGGAUGUGGGCAACAACAACCACCUGCCCGGAAAGGACGUUCCCAGGGCCAACGAGCCUUUCUAUGGCAUCGACUUCCCCGGUGGCGCCCAGGCCACUGGGAGGUUCAGCAACGGCUACAACAUCGCCGAUUUCGUCGCGAGGCAGCUGGGGUUCGAGAGGAGCCCUUUGGCUUACCUAGUGCUGAAAUCUCGCAACUAUCUCAUCCCCAGCGCUCUGAAGAGAGGGGUGAGCUACGCUUCCGCGGGAUCCGGUAUCCUCGACUCCACUAACGCGGGAAAGAACAUCCCGCUGUCAAAGCAGGUGAGCUACUUCGCGUCAACAAAGGCCGAGAUGGAGGCCGUGUGGGGCAGCCAUAAAGUCACCAAGCUUCUGGCCAGCUCCUUCUUCCUCCUGGGCUUCGGCAGCAACGACCUCUUCCAGAGCAGACCAAAGUCCCAAGCCGAUGUUGCCGCACUCUAUGCAACCCUCGUCUCGAACUACUCCGCCGCCAUCACUGACCUGUAUGGGAUGGGCGCCAGAAAAUUUGGGAUCAUCAGCCCUGGCCCAGUGGGGUGUGUGCCGCGGGUGCGCCUGUUGAACGCGACGGGCGCCUGCAACGAUGGCAUGAACCGCCUCACUGUCGGGCUCGCCGCGGCGUUCAAGUCUGGCCUGGCCACAACCCUCAGCCCAACGAGGCUCCCAGGCCUCAUGUACUCCCUUGCCGACUCCUUCGCCGGCACGCGGGCCAACUUCGACAACCCCCAAGCGGCCGGGUUCAUGAACGCUGAUAGCGCGUGCUGCGGGAGCGGUAGGCUGGGCGCGGAGGGUGAGUGCAUGAGGAACGCGACAGUGUGCAGUGACCGCGAUGCAUAUGCUUUCUUUGACAACGUGCACCCAAGCCAGCGGGCCGCCGAACUAGGUGCGCAGGCUCUCUUCGUGGACGGCCCGACUCAGAUCACCACACCCAUCAGCUUCAAGGAGCUAGCCCACCAGAGAUGAUUGAUUGAUUCCUUGAACGCUAGUACAAGACAUGAUUGAUUCUCUUCAGUUUGAGUGAUUUUGUAUGUUGUAUUUCUUUUUGAAAACUCCAUAUAUUGCCAACAAAGAGCAUCUCUAGCCAAUCCCCUAAAAAAUAGAGGAGUAAACGGCUGAGUAAAUCUUAGUGGGGUACUUUUACUUCACUAAGUUUUGGUCAUUU